AUGAGGCAUGUAGCAAAGAUCGAGUUCUUCUAUGAUCAAGCUCCCGAAACCAUGAAGAGCCUCGGAACUUCUUAUGCCAUGACCAGUGUAGGAAUUGGGAACUUUCUUAGCAGUUUUAUUCUCACCACAGUUUCUCACAUCACCAAGGAGCAUGGCCACAAAGGGUGGAUUCUCAAUAACCUUAAUGCCUCUCGUCUUGAUCAUUAUUUCGCGUUCCUCGCGAUUUUAAGCUCUUUGAACUUCAUUUUCUACUUGGUUGUGACCAAAUUUUAUCAGUACAAGGCUGAGGUUUCGGACUCGAUGGAAGUGCUGAGAGGAGAAUUGGAAGUGUCCAAAAAUAAGGUGACUAACCAUGUAGAUCUCCAGCAGUGA